CCUCCAGUCCACAAAAUACUGCUCCUUUGGAAAGGUUGCAAGAGCUCUUGAGAAUUAGCAGCAGUGAAGGGGGAGUUUUACAGCUGUUGAGGGAAUUAAUGGAGGGGAUGCCUGGCCAGUAAGCUAAAUGGGAUUUUGGCCCAGAUGCUGGACUUGACACAUCAGGAGAAGUCCAGCUUGUCCUGUCUAGAUCACUCAGAGAGAAGAAUAACCAACCAUGACUACAGAAUCAGGAUCGGACUCCGAGUCCAAGGAUAAAGAGCAGGAUCAGCAGGAGAGCCCUGCGCAGCAAGGGGCAGCAGAGACCCAGCCGCAGGACCAGCAGCAGCAGCAGCAGCAGCAACAGCAGCCAAGUGAAGAACCUCAAAACGCACUCGAGCAGUUCUCAGCUGUGGCAGCACACAGCACACCAGUGAAAAAGGAGCAGGUCACAGAGAAAGAACAGGAGUUUGCAGCUACAAGUGCAAAACAGCUGGAAUAUCAGCAGCUAGAGGAAGACAAGCUUUCUCAAAAAUCUUCAUCUAGCAAACUCUCCAAGUCUCCUCUAAAGAUUGUCAAGAAACCGAAAAAUAUGCAAUGCAAAGUGACACUCCUGGAUGGAUCGGAAUAUGCGUGUGAAGUAGAGAAACGUUCCAGAGGUCAAGUGCUAUUCGACAAAGUGUGUGAGCAUCUGAACCUUUUGGAAAAAGACUACUUUGGACUAACAUACAGAGACACAGAAAACCAAAAGAAUUGGUUGGACCCUGCCAAGGAAAUCAAGAAGCAGAUCCGAAGUGGUGCUUGGCAGUUUGCAUUUAAUGUGAAAUUCUACCCUCCAGAUCCUGCCCAGCUAUCUGAAGAUAUUACCAGGUACUACCUCUGUUUGCAGCUGAGAGAUGACAUUGUGUCGGGUCGGCUGCCCUGCUCGUUCGUCACACUGGCCCUGCUGGGCUCUUACACUGUGCAGUCGGAGCUCGGGGACUACGACCCGGAUGAAUACGGCAGCGACUACAUCAGCGAAUUUCGCUUUGCCCCGAAUCACACGAAAGAGCUGGAGGACAAAGUGAUUGAGCUGCACAAGAGCCACAGGGGAAUGACACCUGCAGAAGCUGAGAUGCAUUUCCUGGAGAAUGCCAAAAAACUAUCAAUGUAUGGAGUAGAUCUCCAUCAUGCCAAGGAUUCCGAAGGAGUGGAAAUCAUGCUAGGAGUCUGUGCAAGUGGACUUUUAAUAUAUCGAGACAGACUCAGAAUAAAUAGAUUUGCGUGGCCAAAGGUUCUGAAAAUUUCCUACAAGAGGAACAACUUCUACAUAAAAAUCCGACCAGGGGAGUUUGAGCAGUUUGAAAGCACUAUUGGGUUUAAGUUGCCAAAUCAUCGUGCUGCAAAGCGCUUAUGGAAAGUGUGUGUUGAACACCAUACAUUUUUCAGGCUCCUGCUGCCUGAAGCGCCUCCAAAGAAGUUCCUUACGCUGGGCUCCAAGUUUCGCUACAGCGGUCGGACGCAGGCCCAGACGAGAAGAGCCAGUGCCCUCAUAGACCGUCCUGCACCUUACUUUGAGCGGUCUUCUAGUAAACGUUACACCAUGUCUCGCAGCUUAGAUGGUGCAUCUGUGAAUGAAAACCAUGAAAUGUACAUGAAGGAUUCUGUGUCUGCUGCAGAGGUUGGUACUGGCCAGUACGCCACAACAAAGGGCAUCUCUCAGACCAACUUGAUAACCACUGUGACUCCAGAGAAAAAGACAGAAGAGGAGAAAGAUGAUGAAGAGGGCAAAAAGAAGAGAGCAGAGGAAGUCACCCCAAUUUCAGCAAUACGUCAUGACACCAAGACAUCUGUGCUUGGCACUGACUCCCACCACCCCUCGCCAUCCUCUCAACCUGGCCCCCAUGUAUCUUCAGCAAAGCUUCGCAGGAGAUGCAAGGAGAGAGCUCGGACAAAGUCCUUAGGCUGUGAGGCGCCCAAAGAGAGCGCUCCAGAACACAGCGAGUCGGAGCCAGACUCUGACAGAAAGGGGCGAGUUUGCUCCGCCGAGCAAGACAUGGCUUUCGGCUACAAGCAAAAAGCUGGCAAGGGCAGAACGCUGUUUUCCUUCUCCUUGCAACUUCCAGAGUCAUUUCCUUCCCUCCUGGAUGAUGAUGGCUACCUGUCACUCCCUAACCUCUCCGAAACCAACUUCCUGCCUGCCAGCGUGCAGCAUUACCUCCCCAUCCGCUCCCCCUCCCUCGUGCCUUGUUUCCUCUUCAUUUUUUUCUUUCUGCUCUCUGCCUCUUUCUCAGUGCCAUACGCCCUCACUCUCUCCUUUCCUCUGGCUAUGUGCCUCUGCUACCUGGAGCCCAAGGCGGCCUCCUUGAGUGCCUCACUUGCCAAUGACCUGAGUGACAGUUCAGAGGAAGAGACUGACAGUGAGCAGACGGAUACUGCGGCUGAUGGUGAGACCACUGCCACUGAGUCGGAUCAAGAGGAGGACGGAGAUCUAAAGGCACAGAAUAGUCUGAUUAAGCAAAUACAGGGUGAAAAUGUGUAUGUCAAACAUAGUAAUCUUAUGUUAGAGGACCUAGACAAAACCCAGGAAGAUCUGAUGAAACAUCAGACCAAUAUAAGCGAGUUGAAACGCACCUUCUUGGAAACCUCCACAGAAACGACUGUGUCUAAUGAGUGGGAGAAGAGGCUUUCCACAUCUCCCGUUCGGCUUGCAGCAAGGCAGGAGGAUGCUCCUAUGAUUGAACCACUAGUGCCUGAAGAGACCAAAGAAGAAAGAGAAAAAUCAGAAAAACUCAUAUUUUUGCAGAAGGGAGGUACUACAUUCCUUGAAAUGCAGCCAAGUGUGAUAGAGAAGAAGCUGCAGGAAGGAGAAUCUGCUGGCACUUUGGUUACUUCUCAUCAAAUCAUUAUCCAGAAAAGUAUCCCAUCAUCCCUAGAGGGCACUGAGGAUUGGGUUAUUAUAGACAAAAUACCCUCUGAGGUAGUUGAUGGUGAAUCGGAAAAAAAUCUGGCAUACAAGGUAGUGACUGUGAGCGGUAAAACUACCUUUCCACCUGAGAUGUUAAAAUCCAGUACCGUUCUAAUGCAGAGCUUUGAGGACUUGGAAAGCGAAAUACAAUCCAAUGAGGAGAAUAAGCAGAAAAUGUUCACUCUAGGAAAGUCCUAUGAUACCAUGUCUGGGAAAAUUGUAACCAUGACAAGUAAAGCUAAAGAGGGCGAGAAAGCAGUACAGACUUCAGUAGAAACUUCACAAAAAAUGGAAAGGGAAGUGCAAGAAUCUGUGAAAAUCAUUCCAAUAGUGGCCAAGUAUGAAAUUCUCAAGCCCGUCACUGAUGAGAAAGCCAGGCGGGGAUCCGACAUGCAGAGCACAAAAAGAAAGCUGUCCGACUCUCUGACACCCAUAAAGGAAGCAGAAUCUCAGUUGCAAAGUCCUGAAGAGGAGAGUUUGAAAAAGACACUAAAGAUGGACCAGGAUUUGCAAUUACAUGGUACACUGGGAAGCUUACAGCUUGGCAAAGCAGAGGAGCAUCUUGGCAGUGAAGCUGUAAAAGCAGGGGCGUUUGCCUGGACAGAUAAGAGCCUGUCUGAGUGGAGAUAUUCCAGAGAACAGCCAUUUACCAUUGCUACUGCUCACUAUGUUACUGAGUCGUCUGCAUCAAGAGUGGUGACUAAACAGUCCACCAGUGAAAAAACCUUGGAUGGUUCAGAUAUCUUCACUCUAAUAGAGUCUGCCAGAAAACCGACUGAGUUCAUAGGAGGGGUUACUUCAACUUCCCAUAGCUGGGCUCAGAGAAUAGACACAACGACAUCUCAGGAGAUAACUUCCAGUGACAUGAAGCAAGCAGUUCAGCCACAUCAGGAUACAGUGAAGAAGGCUGUACAGGAGACUGUAGUUGUCAAGGAGAGACAUGGGAUGGAGGUGCAUGCAGGCGGGGAUCCUGCUAAAGUGGUUGGACUUGUGCUGGAUGCCCAGGCUGAGGCAGCAUCCGCAGUGGCUGCUGGCGUGAAAGGGAAGGAGGGCUCUUCUGGGACUGAGGGGGCGAAGGAGGAAAAAAGGGAGGAGGCUGAGAAAGCCCGAACCAAACAGGAAGGAGUCACUGCCACUGCUUCAUGUGAGCAAGCAGAGGAGCACAGAACAACAGUCCAACUUUCAGAGUCUUUGGAAAGAAAAUCUCAUUUUGAGUCACCAGUUGUGAAGACUGAGACUAUCAGUUUCAGCAGUGUUCCUGGUGGGGAAAACCUUGAAAUUUCAACAAAAGAAGUGCCAGUAGUCCAUACAGAAACAAAAACCAUUACUUAUGAGUCUUCUCAGGUGGAUUCCGGUGCUGACUCCGAACCAGGUGUAUUGAUGAGUGCACAGACUAUCACAUCUGAAACCACCAGCACUACAACUACUACACAUAUCACCAAAACUGUGAAAGGAGGCAUCUCAGAGACAAGAAUUGAAAAAAGAAUAGUCAUCACAGGAGAUGCAGAUAUUGAUCAUGAUCAGGAAUAACCUAGAUUGCAUAUGAAUCCAGACAUGCAUACCAGUAGGAAUACGAGAGCCUAUACGGAGUCUCAGUUCCAACAUGACUGACUUGUAUCUGUCUAUGGAAAAUUUCAGUACAGAAGAAUUGAUCUUGACCGUUAAUAAAGAAACUGGCAGAGAUACCUUCCCAUAGAAAGCAAUCUGAAUCAGCAGCAGUUAAACAAUAUUGCAUGAAGCAACAAUAAAAUUACAGAAAAGCAGCAUUUUUAAUUUUCUUAAAAUGUCUAAGUUUUCAGCUAUACCUGCACGUUCAUAAACAAUAUAAACAGUGAUCUCAUGUAACACAUAAACAGUUCAUGCCUUUCACAGUUUCUGAAAGUCUAAACAAAUUAAAAUUUGUUAGGUGGCAAGCCUUUUGUUUAUGGAUAUUGUAAAUGAAGAUUACCCCCAGAAUGCUAGAAGCUGUAUAGGUACUGUGUAUAAUGUUUUACCACACAUUAGAUGUGCCAAUAACACAGUUUAUUCGGUAAACAACUUGAAUCUUAUAUUUGUUUCAUCUGGUUUUAUUACUGCCCGAUAAACAAUGAUGAAUCUCUACUCUUAUCAAAACAUUUAAAUGCUUACAAAGUGUGCUUUGUAUACCUGAAUGAAUACCCUAUGAGGUAGUAAUGAUUUUAGUAUAUUAACUUUACCGAUUUUUGUCAACAUUGUUCAGAGUCAGCUUCCAGUCACCCUUCACAGAUCCUAACCUUGUAAAUUAUAUGUAGUUAUUUUGGAGAAAAAAAAAAGAAUAUCUGUAUUUUACUUAGUUUGCAGCUUUAGAAAAUUAUUAAUCUGAAAUAACCGUGAUGGUUUUCUAUUGAUUUCCCUUUUGUUCUCAGAGGAAAAAGAAAAUCUGUUUGAGAAUCUGGUCAGCAUUUACUAUCUAGUUCAGAGUCAAGCCUUAACCUGUACAGAACAUCCACCAAAAACUCAUUAGUGUCCAGCUCUAAUACCCACAGAAGGGAUAGCGUCCAUUACACUGUCAGCUGCAUCACAACACAUGGUGAAUGUAUGUUUCUGCAUAGUGAAAUAAAAGUGGUAAAUGCAUCCAAAAUCGUAUUGUUCUGUGUCUAAAAGCACCUAGAGUUUUUUAAUAUUCAAAACAUCAAAAUGUUACAUUUGUAGGACACCACAGGUUUUACUCGUGUGCACAGUAGAUGUGUUUUGUCUUCAGCGGCUGACGCUGCACUGUGCAGACAGUGGGAGUUAGCAAAGCAUCCGAAGGGAUGACGGUGUUCACCUUUGUGCAUAUGAUGUUUGCAAAGGAAAAGGACUGUUUGGUUCCUUCUGUUUUCUCUGGUUGUGUAAACAUUUCACUGAAGCUAAAUGAAGGAUUUUGUCAUUGCUUAGAAAGUAAAGGACAGUAGGGCUUGAUCCAGAUCCACUCUCUUUUAGUACAUUUGUUCUGAAAUAUGGAUAAAAUUGUCUUUAAAUCAGUACUUACUUAUGGUUCUCUCUUUCUGCUCCUUUGCCACAUCUCAUUGACACUCCCCUGGUAGUUUAAGAGAUAUAUGUAACAAUUACAUAUACCCUUCAAUCUGUAUUUCCUUGCAGUAUUGAAAGAAAAUGGGUACAAGCAGACUUUUCAGGACAUAAAGGGCCAAAUUUGCCCUUCGUUGUUUACACAGGGCUCCCUCUCAUUGAAGUCAAUGGAUUUGGCUUCAUUGGAGAGCAGGAUUUGACCCAGUGACUUGUUAAUAAAUGUUUAUUUUCAUAAUUUAGAAAAAAAAAUAGUAUAUAUAGAGAGAAUAACCUGUAGAUAAUAAUUAAAAGUAAUAUCCUGAGGCUUUUAAAGCUUUGCCCUUAGUCUCUAAAACAUCUUCCUUCCACCAGCCAUUCUUCAUGCCUUUAAAUCCAGAGUGCUAAUGAUGUAACACACACCCCCCAAACUCCCAUCAUUGCUCACUUUUCACCUACUAACCACCGGUUAGUUGUGAAUUUUGAUGGCCCUCUCCUAGUCCAAGAGCAUCUCUGUUCUCAUCCCUCUGGGUGACAGUAGGCUCAGCUCUCUGGUGCUGCUGGCGGCCAGGGGUGGAGGAGGUCCUCACCUUGUCUCGGCAGACAGCAUGCCAGGUCCUCCCUACUGCAUGGGGAGUUUAAAAAUAGACUCUGAAGCCAUAUCGAUCCUCCCUCAGGUGCCCCUCAUGUUGUCAGCUAAGGAACAGCAUUGUAUUACCUCAGAGAGACACGAGGCGAUCACACAGCCUUCUCUCCAGAGUUAGCAUUAUAUUUUAGCAUGGCUUGAGGAGGUUGUACUCUGGUGAUCCUGCACAGUAUGUAUGCUGUCUAAAGAUAUUGUGUCAUAAGAAGUUAGUCUCCUUGGAAAGGACGCUCACCGCUAAGACACAGCCUAAGCACAUACAAACUAUGAGGAGAUGAGAGUGGACAGGCAAGGACAUCUCAGUGCCACUGUUGGUAGUAGACCCUUGUUUGGGGGAUGGUUCCUGGAAGUGAUGGCUUUGGUUUUUGUUAGAAACUGUUUCUUGGGUUGUCUACCUAAUGCUGUGCCACAUGAAAUAAAGAGCACCUGCCUGUUUCUACCAACCA